AUUCUCCAGUUCGACACCACCUCGCCCGCCACCGAGCAGUCAAGCUUCGUCGCGAUCCUGCUUUUUCACGACCCGUGAUGGGGGAGGGGAACGCCGUCAGCUGCAGCAGUGACGCCAACCGAGCUAUAAGCUCCUGGAUACGCGCUGUCGGCUCGCCCCAAGCAAUGCAAGAACGAGCAGCAUCAAAAAUAAGAGCAAAAAUAAAAAUGGCUCCACCUGUCAAACCGCUCCGACAGCCGCCGGCCCUCUGCUUUUUCGCUCUUAUUCAUGCCGACUUUUCCAUUCCGGCGAUUUCGUGCAGCAGCUAGUCCUCCACCUCCGCAAGAUGAGGUGGAUGGCUUCAGAAGCGCGGACCUCGGAAUACCAUGGCGUUUGAUGGCUUUCUUACUAUAUUUGUCGAUCCUUGGAUCUCAAAGUACUUUCCGCGCCGUAGUGUCAGAUCUCGGUAGCCUGAUCGACAGCGCCGCUCCAUGGGGCCGGUCAAAGUGUCCUCGAUGGUCGUCCGUGGGCAUUCAUUCAGCAGUACCACAAGCCCGCGAACGCCGACUAUAUUGCAGUAGCGACGCCCCGCGAAGCCCUCUGCCACCCCGAAGACCACUUACUCGGCGACGUGGAUCUCGCCGAGCGGAAACACUCGCUUCUGUUAGGCUGUCCGUCAAGGACUACAAAAGCGUACCACGGUUCCUAAAGCGCUUCAAGGAAGCGUACGGAGACUCUCGCUUGCGAUGCGUGGCCUUAGGACAUCCUUGUGGAGAUGGCAUCUCUCGUACUGUUCUCUUUUUCUCGUUGGUUCCUCUGCACUUGACUAAGAGGAGGCUAACCUCUAUGCUGGUUCGUUUGAGCCUCAGCAUCAGUCGGCGACGACGCCUUCAUGGCCGCUGACGAUGUCAUCGACGAUUCUCACCAAACAUGUACAACAGACGGCAUCAGCGACUUCGACGGUCUCGCCGAAGGCUGAAGAGGGUAUUUAGUCUAUCUCGCCGCCCCGGCGACUUGGAACUUCUAGAAUCGAGCACUCUUAGAGCUGAAGUCCUUCAGCAUAUCCUCACUGGCCCACUGGCAAAUUAUACAUAAGGUAAGCAUUCCACUACUUGCUCGCGGAGUCCGCAUCAUCCUUUACCGGCGAGGCCGUCGCCACGACCACGUGACCUUCCCUCUUCCGCUACUUUCC